AUGGCUAAUAAAAAGGUAAUAAAACCGCAUAAAGUGACAAAGGACUACUUAUUCCAAAAUAUCGACAACGGAGUAGAUACUGAUAUAGACUCUCAUAAUAUAGGACUAGAAGAAAAUAAACGAAAAUUUGCUCAAAAAUAUGAAAAUAAAAGAGAAGAAUUAAUACGGAUCAUAAAUAAUAGCUUAGUAGAAAAUAUUUCAAAUGAUGAUUUAAAAUUUACAUUUCAAAAUAACAACCAAGAUAAAGAUCAUCUCAUUGAAGGGCAUAAUGCAAAUCAAAAUUCGUAUCAUGAAUAUGCAAAUUCACUAUAUCAAUACUAUGGCUUUUUCAGAAUAUUUAUUUUUUCCUUUUUUUUGGUAUUUAUUUUUUGUAUUUUAAUCGCUUCAAUAAUAUCAAUGUUAAAAAUACUCAUUAACAAAUUGAGAAAAAGGAAAAAGACACAUAAAGAUAGCAAAUGUGAAAUAACUUUGAUGAAUGAAAUAAUAUAA